AUGGCACCUCCAGACCUCGCGGUACACACUGGUCGAUCAUCAAGAUCGCAUAGCAUCUCGAGCGACAGGCCUUCUUUGACAGGAUUUGGGAACUUGCUCUCUCCACCAACAUCAAUUACACCAGAUCCCGCCUUCAUUGCCGCAUCUGCUGCCUCGCAGAUUGUCACAAAUGAUCAUGACAGCCUAGCCGAUACUUGGUUCGAUCAGCACGGCAUUGAGCCCUCUGGAGAGACCGCACUUGUCGCCCCGCCUGCGUUGAAAUUGGUCAACCGCUUUCUGGACCAGCUCUUGUUCAACUUUCUCUCCAUAUCGAAGUCGACGUCUCUUGGGUCUCUUCGACCCGCAGUCAGUGAGGUCUUGAAGCCGAAGCUUGCCAAAGAUGCAAUCAACGGUGCCGAUCAGGAGUUGCACGAGUACUUGGGAGGCGGAGAAGAUGAAGAAUUACUAGCAUUUCACAACGGGCUGGAACCGGGCAGUGAUUGGGAUCUAGAAUUGGUCUGGAAGCGCACCCGAUUGCGAUGCAUGGUUUACUCGUCUCUCGGAGAUAUGGAAGAGGAGGAUGAAGAUUAUUACACCGAGCAGGAACAGCUCGAUGGACCCCCAGGCUCGAGCAGCAACCGAUUCUCCAAUAAUCCAGGAGUGGUGUCUCCGGCGGUUGCUAUUUUCCUCACCUCAAUCUUAGAAUAUAUGGGAGAACAGGUUUUGAUAGUCGCAGGUCAGGCUGCAUAUCACAGAUUACGUGCGAAGCAUGAACGGGAGGAAAGGGAAGGCAUAAGCACGCCGUCAGAAAUUGCCGAUCGUGUAGUAGUGGAAGAAUCGGACAUGGAGCGUGUUGCCUUGGACAGAACUCUAGGGCGGUUAUGGAGAGGCUGGAAGAAGAGAAUACGGUCGCCUACGAACUCCAUUUCAAUGACUCGCUCAUUCUCGAGAGAAUCCAUGACAUCCCAGCCUCAAGGCAGCCGGGCAACGAGCAUGACACCUGAAGAGGCUAUAUCAGAAGAUAUGACAUCGCUGGCAGCUGUCUUGGCUGAAUAUGAGCACGCGGCGACUAUCCCUCUGCCAAUUACAGAUGAUGAUGUGAGAGAAAUUGAGAUUCCAGGUCUUGCAAAGCAGAGCGAUGAUGAAGAGGAGGAAGAGUCUAGCGCCGAUGAGGAGCUUCUUGUAAAGUUACGUCCGAAGAGUAUGAUCGUUUUCGAUCACCCCGCUCCCGAAUCGUCGACAGAGCAUUCGCAGACGGCAAACCUCCUGUCUCCGAAACCGAAGAACCGCAGAAACUCGUUACCUCUCCCUUCAAGAGCGCCUUAUUCAUCCCCUUCAUCAACCGAAGUGCCUGCUGGAGAGGAUGGAGAAGAAGUUGAAGGUUCACCUGAGAAAGAGCCUAUACCAAUUGAGGAAGCUAAAGCGGAGCCGGAGGCUGUCAAUGAAGAAAAUGCGACCUCAGAUGAUCACAAGGGCGUUGUCGUUGGUGUCAUUGCCGGAGCUGCUGCUCUCAGCGCCGCUGUUGUCGCAGGCGUUGUGGCGGCCGCAAAUGGAGAAGCCCCAUACACUGCACUGGAGAGCUCGAAAGAGGAGACCGAUGCGGAGGAGGAGUUCACUGAAGAACCUCAGAUCAUGACAUCCUCUCGUGUCUCAAUUGGUGGAGGUCAUAUGACUCCAGACGAACCCAAAGCGCUCUCUAGACAGUCCAGCGUGCGAUCUUCGAGUGUGCAUUCUCUACGACUGAUUGAUGUGACCGCAGCCAAAAGUCCAGUCCGGUCACGAACUGGGUCUAUGGAUGCAGCUGACUAUAUAUCUAUUGGACGACCCACGGUAACGUCUCGACCCGGCAGUAUACAUUCUCCGGUUUUGGACACUCCAACACCUCGAAUUGCUAGUCCAGUGGCAAGAGGUGCUACUUCCAGCCCUGUCAUUCGAAAUGGAUCGUCCGUCAGCGUCAGGCACCCAGCUGGAGAUUCUAUUUCUGAGCUGGAGGAGAAGGAGGCUAUUGAUACCGAAUCAGAGCCUAGGACGGCAGUUCCGGCUGAUGUUGCAAGAUCAAUGCGAGGCGCUGAUGUGGAUCCAAGCCCAACUUCAUCUCAAUUUACAGCCGACAAUUCCAGCAAAGGUGCCACACCACACACCUCCACAUUCAUUCUUUCCGCUCCUCCUGCAGCUAGAAAUCUACGAGAUGGUCCAACAUCUCAUCCAAGUGAUCGUUCCGAUCAGCAAAGAGCACCAGAUACUUCAGAUGAAGCCAGUAGUGUUGCCCCAAGCAAUGACGCGCAGAGCAUGUCGGAGUAUGGUAUCAAUAGCCAUGCCUCAUCGGACUCCACUUCGACAAAACCCAGUUCCAGACGUGUUCCCGACCAAGAACCUUCAAUCCAGGCACAAUAUAACGUUAUUAACCCACUUCGAAGCUCGCCGCCGCGGCCUUCAAGAGACGAGACACGAAGGAUUGCCCCAGAACCCAAAAGUCAAAGAUCCAUCCACACAUCCGGAUCUGGGUCGUCUUCCAACUCUCAUAAGAUCAAGCCGAUCCGAACUUCUCAGGAGAGUACAUCAACGCUUGCUGAAGACAAGGGCCGAAGCUUUGAGCAGCUUAUCCGCAGUGACCAAACCAUUCAAUAUACACUGACACCACAGAACAUGCGCAACAUCGAGUCUCCCGAGUCACCUCGCUACGCCAAUCAUGCUAUUCUUCCGAAUAGCAACGAUGCCCAGAGGCCAAACACGAGUCGGUCACAUUCGUCGUCCGUUAGCAAACUUACUGGAUUGAACUCGCACCCGCCGAUAGAACUCCCCAGAUCGGCGAAACAACUCACACAAGUCCCUCGACCUUCAAACACUGGGUCAAGAGUGCGACCGAACGCUCCUCAGCCCAGGGAUGCUCGAGUGGAUCGGGAUUCCAUCGGAGACUUUGCCGAUUUCAUUAGAAGUACUGGUAAGAUGCGCCUUGGCUUUAAACUCCUACCCAGCGCCUAUCCUCAUGCUAAUUUUUUUUAUCUUCUAGGUCCUGUUGAUUCCUAUGAGCGAAUACCGCCCCGGACUGCUCCUGGUCAUCGGGGAGCUAACGGUGUAGCUCGUAAUGGCAGCGCCUCAUCGCCACGGUCUGUCACAGCAGGGCCUACCCCACGGCGUACAGAAUCAUCGGCAGGUAGGAGCAGAUUGCAAGCUCGCGAUGCCACCGUUACCCGCGGUGACAGUAUCAGUGAUCUGAUCGACUUCGUGCGAUCAGGACCUCAGCUUGACAAGGAGAGCCAUCGAAUUCCUCGUACUGUUGCCCCAUUCCGAACUACUAUGGAUUCAGACCAAAUGUCAGGGGCUAUUGGUGGCAGAGCGGUUGACGCUUCGUUACCCGAUCCACGUUACAGUCAGGCAUCCACAUCUGCCCACAACUCUGUUAACUCACAAAGUGCUUUGUUGUCCAAUGCCUCAAAGAACAAGCCUCUUCCGAUUCAAAACAACCGGCACGACUUCGAGGAGGAGGACAUGAUGCCGAAACGGAAGACUCGAAGGGUUCGAGAUCCCUAUGCUAUUGACUUCUCCGAUGAUGAAGAGGAAGAGGAAUACGAAGCAGCCCGAAAACCCAAAGUCACUCAGGAGGAAAGCUUGGCCGACUUCCUCAGAAACGUGCCUCCGCCACCAGAGUCUACUGUAACCCCGAUUUUCGUACCUGACAAGAACAUCAGAAAGAAAUCUAGCACAUCGAAUCUGAUGUCCCGUUUUGGUCGAAAUGGUUCUGGCCCCCAAAUCCCGCCGAAACCAGAUGUCACCAGCCAGAUCGUCCGGCCACAACAACCAAGACAGUCGUAUACGCCCAUCGCUGCGAAAUACAGCACGACGAUGAAUCUGAAUCAACCCCCACCACCGACGAGCAACUAUGUUUCACAACUGCAUACUGCCCGGAAUACCAGCCGAACCAAAGUUGCUCAAAAGAGUUAUCAGCCUCGGGAUGCCGUAUCCUCUGGGAGCAGAACGAACGAUCUGGCCGAUUUCCUGAUGAGGAGCGAGCCUCCAAGCAGUACGCAAACGCAGCCGCAAACGGAGGCGAGCGCAUUUCAGCGAAUGUUCGGCCGAAAGAAGGUCGCUUGA